AUGGAGGUAGGAGCUGGCAGUGUGCACUGGGCAUCCUGCUCCAUGGUGGGCCUCACAGGCCUGCUGCUCAUGGAGGCAAUGAAGGGUAUGCUGUUCCUCAUCCUGGCUCUUUGGAUGGGGUGCUGCUCUGAGGGGGCGCUGGCAAACCAGGGGCUGAACCUGAGAGAGACCACAGCCCCACAGACCCCACUAGGUUUGCCUACCCUGCAGCUACCAUUCAGCCAGUCCCGGUCCUCCAACGGUCAAGUGAAACCCAACCCCAGGAGUGGUGACUCACACAGACAUGAGGAUGAGCAGCUGUACUGGUGGCAGGCUUGGCCCACACGCAAGGAUCCAUCUACCUCUGCCCGGAAGACAUCCCACAGGACAUGGCUGCGGAAGAGGUCUCCCCCAGUGGCCUCAGGGCAGGAGCAGGGGCAAAACAAGGGGCAAAGCACUGAGCAGGGUCACUCCCAGGCCACUUCUGUCCUGGGAGCUAGGGCAGAGAAACCCCAGACUGAGAAGCUCAGGCCCUUGCAGACCAACAGGACUCCGGAGAGGGUACUGGCUACCAAGAAGGCUUGGAGCAGGAAGACAGGAGGUCAGGAAACCUGGAGACGAGGUCCAAACACUGAAAGGCUGCCCAAAGGGGCCUUGAACCAGCAGAAGGACUACAGCAGAAGCCAGGGAGGCGGGGGCGGCAGCAGCAGCAGCAGCAGCAGCAAUAGCCGCAGAAGCUCCAAAACCACAGGCCAUGGGCAAAAGGGGCUAGCAAGCAGGCAAGGGCAUGCACCUAGGUUUACAGACCUGCACACCCUGGAGCAGGCCACGCCCUCCUUGCCAGCUUCAUGCCUCUUGGCCCAGGCAACUAUUGCUUGUGGCAAUGUCAAAAUGAAGCAUGUUCCUGCCUUGACUGACCCUGGCCUGACCACAUUCUACCUGUCAGAGAAUGAAAUUGUCAAGAUCCCAGCUCACACAUUCCUGGGGCUUCCCAACUUGGAGUGGCUGGACCUGAGCAAGAACAGACUGCACACUCGAGGCCUGCACCCCCAUGCCUUCAAGAACCUGAUACGGCUGAAGCGGCUGAACCUGGAUGGAAACUCGCUGUCUGUAGUGCCCACCUUGCCUGCCUCCCUGCAGGAGCUCAAACUCAAUGACAACCUUUUGCAGAGUCUGCAGCGCAGCAGCUUCCGAGGACUCAGCCAACUGUUGACACUGGAAGUGGAAGGGAACCAUUUGCAUGAUGGGGACAUCUCCUCAUUGGCCUUCCAGCCCCUCCAUAGCCUGCUCUACCUGAGGAUGGACCGGAACCGGCUGAGGACCAUCCCACCUGGCUUACCAGCAUCCCUACAGGAGCUGCACCUGGGUACCAACCUCAUCGAGGAGGUGACUGAGCAUGUGCUGAGUGGCAGCCACAACCUCAGUUCCCUUGUACUCAGCAAUAACCAGCUCCAGGAGGACCGGAUAGCACCCCGUGCUUGGAUUGAUCUCCCGAAGCUGAAGACCCUCGAUCUGUCUCAUAACCUGCUGGUGCAUGUGCCUUCCUUCCUGCCACGAGGCCUGAGACACCUGAUUCUGCAUCACAAUCUCAUCGAACGCAUCCCUGGCUAUGUAUUUGCGCACAUGAAGCCAGGCCUGGAGUUCCUACACUUGUCCCACAACAGGCUGCGCAGUGAUGGUAUCCACAGAGUGUCCUUCUUGGGCUUGCAUGCCUCCCUGGCAGAGCUGCUGCUAGAUCACAACCAGCUGCAGGCCAUUCCACGAGGCCUCCUGGAGCUUAAGGGUCUGCAGGUGCUGCGCCUGAGCAACAAUAAGAUCAGACACGUGCCUCUGAAUUCCAUCUGUGACACACGUGUGACCCAGGACUCCAAACUUCUAGCCACACACCUGGAGAACAACCUCAUUGACCGGCGCCGCAUCCCACCCACUGCCUUCUCCUGUAUCCGAGCCUACCACAGCGUGAUCAUCCAACCCCAGCAGGGAGAAGAGGACUCCUAG